AAUGCUUGGUGAUCCCCAUUUCAUAACCCUUGAUGGACUUUCCUACACUUUUAAUGGUCUUGGAGAUUUUGUGCUGCUUAAUGUUGAAUACAAUGGUGCCACUAUUUUUAAGCUCCAUGGUCGCACAGUCCAAACGGGUACAGCUCAAGCCACAAACUUCAUGGCCUUUGCAGCUCAGCACACACAAAACAAAAGUAUCACAGUUCAGAUGAUUUUGAAAGGAAAUGAUUCAAUUGAAGUGCUAGUAAAUAAUGACAGAGUGCAGUUCGUGCCUAAUACUGCAGAUAACCAAGAAAUAUUUCGUAAUGGUACCUUUUAUCUGGAGAAAAAUGGAAAUGCAUCAGUAACUGCUUCAUUUGGUAGUGGUAUCUCAGUAACAGUGACAGCACAAUUUGAAAUGUUACUUGCAAUCACGGAUUUGCCAGAAAAGUUUAUGAACAAGACAAGAGGCCUUCUUGGUGUGUGGAAUGGCAAUCCAAAUGAUGAUUUUACAAUGCCAAAUGGAUCCUUUAUUCCAAAAAGUAGCAACGAAGCUAAAAUCUUCAGUUUUGGAAUGUCUUGGGAAGUACCCUUGGAGAGUUCCAUUUUCACAAUUGGGAGAAGUGUUCCAAACAAUUCAUUUACACCUCACUUUCUGGGAGAUCUCCAGCAACAGAAUGAGACCUUGUUCAAUUUGUUGGCCACUGAAUGUAAAAAUAACACUCAGUGUAUUUUUGAUGCAAUAAGUACAGGACGGAAAGAAAUUGGAUUGGUAACGGCAAACAAAAACACGGAAUUUAUGGAAGUCAAUGAAAUGCUGAAUUCAUAUCCACCAGCCAUCACAGGGCCAGAAGUGAUUUAUGCACAACUGUUUCAGCAAAAUAUUUCUUACUAUCAAGCAACAGACCAAGAGGGAAAUAAUGCUGUAUUCAUUCCUUUCAUAUCCCAGGAAUUGAAUGUAACAGAGAAUGGAACUUUGAUGUGGCAUCCAAAGACCACAACUGGAAUAUCAUUAGAAGUUGAAGCAGUCGGGUCCAAUAAUCUGUCCUCAGUUCUUAGACCCCGGUUGGUGUUAUGCAACUGCAGUGCGAAUGGAGAAUGCAUUAACAAUGAAAUCACUCAAAUCAAUGGUUCCUCAGUCUAUAAAGCUGCUUGUAACUGUACCACUAACUUUACUGGUACCAACUGUGAAAAUGAAAUUGACGUGUGUCAGACAGUUAGCUGUUUCUCAGGGGGAAACUGUUCCUCUUCCGGUUGUGAGUCCUGUCCCAGGGGAUUGACAGGAAAUGGCAUACGUUGCACUGACAUAGAUGAGUGUACGAGUGAAAACUCCUGUUCUCCAAAUGCAACAUGCACCAAUAUCGUGCAAAGUUAUAACUGUGUCUGCAACUCAGGAUUUUCAGGCAACGGGUCAUCCUGCAUCGUCAUUAAUCCAUGUGACAGUUCACCAUGUUCACCCAAUGCUGACUGCACUAACACAACAGGGAAUUUCAGCUGCACGUGUAAAGAAGGAUUCACAGGCAACGGGUCAUCCUGCAGCAUCAUUAAUCCAUGUGACAGUUCACCAUGUUCACCCAAUGCUGACUGCACUAACACAGCAGGGAGUUUUAGCUGCUCGUGUAAAGAAGGAUUCACAGGCAACGGGUCAUCCUGCAGCAUCAUUAAUCCAUGUGACAGUUCACCAUGUUCACCCAAUGCUGACUGCACUAACACAGCAGGGAGUUUUAGCUGCUCGUGUAAAGAAGGAUUCACAGGAAAUGGUACCACCUGUCUUGCGGGUCCAUGUUCCAAUUUCACUUGUCCUUCCUCAUUCUGCAACAAUGGAGGAACCUGUCUACCAGACCCUGCUGAUAACUGCAAACCAUUGUGCCAGUGUCCAAGUCAGUACAAAGGAGAGCGAUGCACAGAUCCAGAACAGCAAUUCAUAGCACAACCUCUGUCAACUCUUCCAAAGAGAUCUGUUAAUAUUACAUUGACCCUACCGAAUGUUGAUGUGAAUGUCUUAAGAAACACAAGCAGCACAGACUACGGGACUCUGAGUACUCUCACUGCAAGAAGGGUCCUUGGUUUUCUCCAAAAUGUGCCACACUUUGCUGAGAAUCCGAAAAUUCUUUUCUGGUCACAGGGGAAUAAUGUAAUGACUUCUGUUGAGUCGUUAUUCAGUUACAAUGGACAGAAGGCUGUAAUUGAUUUCCUAAAUAAUGAAUUACAUGGUGCAAUUUUGGAAGCUUUUAAUGGCAAACAACGGUUUACUCGUGCUCUACAUCCUGAUAAUGUUACUUUUGGAAAUUUAAGAGAAGCAGAUAUUCAAGAUAUAAUUAAAUUAUCAUAUGAAAGUCUACUGCCACAUUUCAACUGCAACAAUACUGAAUUUGCUGGUUACAAGGUCCUGUGGGAUGAUCAGAAUGGAGUGAUUUGCCAAUCUCCCUGCGAAAUGCAUUACUGUCUCAAUCAAGCAGAGUGCAAACAUUUGAUAAAUGGACCAAUGUGCAAAUGUGUUCCACGCACAAUAUACUCAAGUUACGGUGAUCGCUGUGAACACCUGUCAAUGAACCUCAGAGCAUUUUUUGGCAUUCUUUUUGGUGCCUUAGCUUUCCUGUUGCUACUGAUGUUAGCCAUCUAUUUAAUCAUCUGGAAGUGCAAAAAACCAGGAAGGGAACGACUCGUAAAUGACACAGACAGCUUUAGGGGUACAACAUUCUCAUUCCAAAGCAAUCCACUAUCUUCCAAGUUGCAAAAUACACGUAUCUUGCCUUCUUUGGAUGAUAACAAUCUGCAGCCUGUGUCCUGGACUCCAAAUUUUGAUCAUGUCAAUCCAACUGCAGAGGUAAAAAUUGCAAGACCAUCAAUCAAGAAAAGUGGCACUGACUCAGAAAUACCAUAAAACCAUCAACAUGUUACUGAGGAACUUAUCGAAGAUCAUGGAAAAUGACACACUGGUAUAAAGGAGUUAUUGCACAAAGACUGCACUAUCAGGAUAUGGGUUUAUUAUAUAAGCAUACUUGAAUAUGUUUUCAAUUACCUAUACUCUAAGUCUAAAAGAGGCAGUCGGUAAAAUCUAUAAAAGCUCAUAUGAAUUAAAGGGUGUGUUUCAUUCUUGGUGUCUAAAUAUUUUACUUAUAAUAAACCCUAAUGUUUACAGUUACUUUCCUUUCAUCACUUUAUAAGAGAUUUCAGUAGGUGCCUGCUGUUGAGAAUAUUAUCAUAAUAAUAUAUAAUUCCUCAUUUUUACUUCCAAAUUGAAUUUACAAAUCAUGAUUGCAAUAAUCUUUAAAAUAUACUAUAUAAAUCAUGUCAGAGCAUUAUUUUUAUAAUGUUUAUAUUCCUAUAUUUGAUAAGAAAAUUGUUCAUCAAAUUGCACAUGUACUAUUAUUAUAUUAGAAUGUGAUUUUUGUGGCAAAAUACAGUCUAAAUAUCUAAGGGCCCUGGUGAAGGGUAAUACAAUUUACCUCUAGUGAAUAGAGCUAGUAGAGUCAUGUAUGUAUUCUAAUCUAAAGCAGAUUAUUUAAAUAAUCUAUACAAAAGAUAUAUAAGAAUUUCAGAAAUUCAAAUAAAACAAAUAAUUCAUCUAAAAA